AGUGACUGCUACAUAAUGAAGUGUCCAGUGAUUGCGUCCAGGCUGGGUCAAGAGAGUGUCCACUGCCGGCCCACAUUCAUUCAGCUAAUGGGCUCAGAGGCCUGGGUGGCAGCUGGAGUGACUGAGAAAAGCAGGACCCGCUCCCGGCCCUGGGGCCUGCUUUAUUUCCAACCACCUGCCUUUGAAGCCCGGAUACCCGAAUCCCAGCAUCCUUCACCAAGCGAGACCCCGUGGCUGCUGUGCAUCGGAGGGGAGCCGGUGGCUUCUCUGGGGGACACCAGCCUGAUGGGAUCAUCAACAGCACGAAUCAGCGUGGACGUCACCGCCACCACCCUCACCAUCCAGAGCCCAAGGCAAGACCCUGUCCAGAGGCAGGAGGUCAGUGGUGGGCAGCAGCCCUACCAGGCGGGGAGCCUCAAGGCGUGGCACCCUCGGGGAGGCCCUGGAGAGCAGUCUGCCGGCACUCCAGUGCCGAUUCAAAUGUCCACCUGGAGACCGGACAGAUUUAGGCAGGCAGCUUCGAAAAUUGGGCCCCAUUAUGUCAUCCCAGCCAGAGACGGAGGUCUUGUUCACAUCCCAAAGCAGAGACUGGAUCUGGUCAAAAGAGGUUCUUACUUGGAGGAAAGCCUGAGCCUAAAAUUCCUGAUCCCCCAGUUCCUUACCUUCACAGUGACCGAAAACAGGGACUUUGCGGCGGUCGGUGUCCUGGCGGCUGGGGUGAUCCAGGUCCAGCAAUGCCAGGAGGCCCAAGGAGCUCUGGGGACGCAGACUUUCUAUAGGGUGGUCCUGAGCCUGGGAUUUGCCGAGGUGGCCGCCCCCAUCCUCUGGACGGCGGAGAGCUCCUUCCAGGGUGUGGGUGAGAGUCACGGUGAGGGUGUGCCUGCCGACCCUGCCUGUGGUUCUUCCUCCCAUGACAAGGCGGCCUUGAGGGAGACGCCAAGGAGCAGGACGGGAGUUGUCUGCCUCAACUGCCAUGCUGAGGACCACUCCCCAGCAGGAGCCCCUCCAGGAGGAAUACCAUCUGCUGCCUUUUCCCAGUUCCAAACUGCAGGACCAGCUGCCUUUGGAGGCCUCGGGGAAGGGGCGCAUCCCCACGAGGCAUCAGUGGACCCAGCCAGGCACGAGGCCCCUCUCUUUCACCACCAUUCUACCAAAGGGAGUCCCACUCAGACCUCCGGCCAUGUCUCCUCUUCAAAUUCCGACCAUUCCCCAGAGAAAGCGGGGCUCCCCGAGAGCUCCCACCUGAGCGCAGCCCAGCUGUCUCGCCUGGCUCACGGCCACGCAGGGCCUUGGGACCCGGCACAAGGAGGUGGAGGGGAGGGCCCGCGGUGGUGCACACAGACCGGAGGGAAACCGAGGCACGCUUCAAAGGAGCUGGAGCCCAGGAACCAGGCUGGAGCCCAGGAGCCAGGCUUGGAGAACCAGCCUGAGUCUCAGGCCAUCUGUUACCCUAAGUGGCAGUCUAGGCCUGAGCAGAGCCCCGCCUAGCUACCAGGAAGUCCCCUCCUACUGGAAGUGUCACAGGGGGACGUGGCUGCCGACCAGCCCAUGCGGGGGCCCUGGCAGGCCAGCAAGGAGGUCCAGCCGUUGACAAAGCCCUUGGUGACCAGCCUGGCUGAAGAGGAGCUGUGUUCCCGCGGCUCCCCUGGAGAGCCCCAGGAAACAUCCUCCAGAGCGGAAGCUGGGGGGCCACCCAGGGAGGCCAGAGGGCACCUGGGCCUCUCAUUCCCAGAACCAAGUCAGGACCUGGAGGGGACUCGCCCUCCUUCUGGGGAUGGAUGCCACAGCACUGCCCCAGUGGAGCCAGCAGAGCCCACACUGGCAACCAGCCUUGAAAGGCACAGGCCUCCUGAGCUUCAGAACAUCAUGCAGGGGCUUCUGAGAGACCCCCUUGCUGGGGUGUGUCCUGGGAGCACCCCAGGGGAUGCCAAGUGUGAAACAGCGCGGACUCGAUGGAGGCGGCUGCUGGUGGUGUUCGAGACGUGUCACAUCUACCCCAACACCAGCCUGCGGCGUUUCAGCUAG